UACUAUUGGAGAAGUGCGGUGCAGCGCGUUGGAAGGAGCGUGCGGCCGUUCCGCAGCAAGAGUGUGCGGCAGUGCGAGGGCAGCUCGGCAGCAGGACGGGAGAGACUUUUGAGUCGGCUUGCGAGUCGUUUCGCAGCGAGAGUGUGCGAUCAGGUGAUGGGCGCACGGCAGCAGAUACGGGAGAGACUUUUGAGUCCGCUCGCGAGUCGUUUCGCAGCGAGAGUGUGCGAUCAGGUGAUGGGCGCACGGCAGCAGAUACGGGAGAGACUUUUGAGUCGGCUCGCGAGUCGUUUCGCAGCGAGAGUGUGCGAUCAGGUGAUGGGCGCACGGCAGCAGAUACGGGAGAGACUUUUGAGUCCGCUCGCGAGUCGUUUCGCAGUGAGAGUGUGCGAUCAGGUGAUGGGCGCACGGCAGCAGAUACGGGAGAGACUUUUGAGUCGGCUCGCGAGUCGUUUCGCAGCGAGAGUGUGCGAUCAGGUGAUGGGCGCACGGCAGCAGAUACGGGAGAGACUUUUGAGUCCGCUCGCAAGUCGUUUCGCAGCGAGAGUGUGCGAUCAGGUGAUGGGCGCACGGCAGCAGAUACGGGAGAGACUUUUGAGUCCGCUCGCAAGUCGUUUCGCAGCGAGAGUGUGCGAUCAGGUGAUGGGCGCACGGCAGCAGAUACGGGAGAGACUUUUGAGUCGGCUCGCGAGUCGUUUCGCAGCGAGAGUGUGCGAUCAGGUGAUGGGCGCACGGCAGCAGAUACGGGAGAGACUUUUGAGUCGGCUCGCGAGUCGUUUCGCAGCGAGAGUGUGCGAUCAGGUGAUGGGCGCACGGCAGCAGAUACGGGAGAGACUUUUGAGUCUGCUCGCAAGUCGUUUCGCAGCGAGAGUGUGCGAUCAGGUGAUGGGCGCACGGCAGCAGAUACGGGAGAGACUUUUGAGUCUGCUCGCAAGUCGUUUCGCAGCGAGAGUGUGCGAUCAGGUGAUGGGCGCACGGCAGCAGAUACGGGAGAGGGGCGGGCAAUUGCAAGCUUCUUUACCACCAAGCAGGGCGCUCUCAACGAGGGGCAAGGGGCUCUCAAGGCGGUGCUGGAGCAGGGGGGUGCGAGUGAGGGAGUUGUGAGGGGAGUUGUGAGGGGGUUGAAGGGGGUGGCAAAAGGAGAGGAGACGGGCAGUAGGCGUGACGAGAAAAGCGAGGAGGGGAUUGAUGGGGAGGUGUGCGAGGAGGGUAGUGAGGAGGAGCGGGAGGAAAAGCAAGAUGAGGAGGAGGAAGAUGAUGGGGAGGAACAAGGCGAGGAUAGCUUCUCGUUUGGCAAGGCCUCCACCAUUCACUCACGCGAGUCUUCCUCUCCCCAACACCCACCACCAUCCCUCCCUCCCUUCACCGUUUUCCCAAAAUCCACCUCUUCCUCUCUCGCCUCUUCGACCAAAACUGCCCCCACGUCCCGCCCUCCGCCUUUCUCCCUGCACACCCAAAACGGUCGCAUCGCUCCCCGGCCCUCCCCGCUAGGCUCGGCAGUGGCAGAAGGCCCGGACGGCCUGCCGGCCGAGGCUGUGCGGGAGGCUCGGCAGCGGCAGGUUCGGGAGGCGGCGCUGGUUCGGUGGGCGGCGGAAGUGAGUUUCCCGGGCGUGGAGGUGGGGUGGGCGCAGUGGAAGGCGGUGGGUGGGCUGCUGGAGAGGGAAAGCGCGUUGGCCCACAAGGCACUGCCUGUGAUGUGGGGAAAGGCAGUCAAAGGGACGUUCAAGGCAGUGACGCCAGACGUUGCGAUACCAGAGCAGCAGGUGUUGGAGGUGUUUGACUGGGGGUUGGAAGGGCCACCCACCACCUUUACCACCCUCACCUCGUUCCUUCCUCUCUUCCUCCCACCCCACAGGCAGUGA